AUGGAAGAAGAAAAAGGUCUCUAUUGGGCUCUAGGCCCGUUGCGCGUCCGAAAGAACCGGGGUUUCUUGGGCUACGAUAGUUCCGCCCUCUCGCCAGACGAGACGCAGGACCGUCAUCAGCUGCGAAGCGAGAUCGAUCUGAACUCAUGGAACCUGAGACUCUGGGCAAUCGCCGCUUCGGGCUUCUUGACCGGAUCCUACAACUUGUUUGUCGCCAACGUCGUGAAUGCAUCGAUCUCGUUCGUCUACUUCCCCGACGAUCGAGGCCCAAGUCUGCUUGUCAAUGGCUGCACGCUCUUCGGCUCAGUGGUCGGCCAACUUCUCUUCGGCUAUCUUGCCGAUUUAUUUGGUCGAACGCGGCUGUAUGGUAUUGAACUAGUUAUCGUCAUUAUCUCGACGCUCGGUCUGGUCUUCAGCAAUACAGGUGUGAGCGCUGUUAUCACUUCGGAAUGGUCUUCAACCAAGGCACGAGCAUCUAUGAUCGCCAGCGUGUUCUUAAUGCAACCUAUCGGCCAAGCCCUGGCGCAGCUGAUCAAUCUCGCCGUACUCUUCGGCCGCGAUAGGGCCCGCAGCCUCCGAACGAUGCAGUGCGGAUUGGACACAGCACACGAUUUCGAAUGCCGCCAAGCCGUGGACGGAAUGUGGCGUAUAGUUGUCGGGGUGGGUGCCAUUCCGGCCUUAGUCGCCAUCGCAUUCCGCUUUAUGCUGCCGGAUUCGGGCCUGUACAACCUCGAAGUCAAGAUGAAGUCGCGUCUGGCUAUGGAGCAGGCCGCCAAGAUUUACGGCAUGUCUUUCUCCUAUCUGGAUUUGGACAGGACGCCCGACGCCAACAUUGGGCGACUCGAUGCACGGAAUGGCCAGCCGCAGCCGCGGCCGGUGCAAUUCUCCAGAGCGAACAUGUAUCAAUACUUCAUAGAGGAAGGCAACUGGCGCUACCUAGUGGGGACGUCUAUGACCUGGCUUAUUCUGGAUGUUGCCCUGUACGGUUUCGGUCUUGACAAUCGCGCCGUCUUGGCCGAUAUGUGGGCGAAGAUCCACGCGGUGGAUGUGAAUGAGAGCCUCGGAUGCUGGGAGUCGUCAAUCCCUGGCGGCCAGUCUCUUGUGCCGACAUGGGCGGAAAAGGGCCUUCCGAACUGGCAGACGGAUGUAACCAAGCCAUGCAACACGAUAUAUGACGUUCUGCUGGACCAAACGAAGCACUACCUCUUGACUGUUUCCAUCGGCGCAAACAGCCUCACGUUCCUGAUCCCGGCCGAGAUCUUCCCGACGACGUAUCGUUGCUUCUGCCACGGCAUCUCGGCUGCAGCCGGGAAGAUUGGGAGCAUUAUUGCGGUCCUAAUGAUCUACGGGAUAAAGAACCAGUACGACGCCGUGAACAAGCAAGGACUCAUAUUCCUCUUGUUCGCCGGUAUCGGUGCCGUUGGCGCGUUCUUCUCGUGGGCCUAUCUCCCGGACAUUGGCCGGCGCAACGCCGAAGGCAAGCUCGUGAAUCGGACAUUGGAAGAGCUGGGUGAGGGUGCGAGGAGAGCGGUGAUGGAAGGGCAGACGUUUGGUGCUAGGGAGAAGUGGUCUGAUUUCUGUUCGCGCGUUCGGACUUUUGGAGUCAACCGAAAUGGUAGCAACACUACCAGCGUUAACGUUGAUGACGGAACGACCCGUUGA